UGUUCCGAGCGGUCCCGCACCUCCGCGCCGCGCUCCCUCCAUGGCCCCGCGCCCCGCUCACGGCUGCGGCAGCGGCGCUCUGCUGGGGCGCUUCGGGGUCCUGCUGCAGGCGCUGCUGGCCCUGUGCGCCUUCAGCACCCUCAUGCUAAAACGAUUUAAGGAACCAAAGGCAGAGAGGCGUCCCUGGAGGAUAUGGUUUUAUGAUACAUCCAAGCAAGCAAUAGGCUCCCUCUUCAUCCACUUUGCCAAUGUUUUUCUGUCAGAUCUCACUGAAGAGGACCCUUGCUCUCUCUACCUUAUUAAUUUCAUCCUUGAUGCCACACUGGGGAUGCUGCUGAUCUGGCUUGGUGUGAAAGUUGUCUCCUGGGUUGUGCAGCAUAAGAAGUACACAUACCUGGUCUUCGGAGAAUAUGGUGACCCCCCACAAGCUGCUGCCUGGAUUGGCCAGUGUGUCCUCUACUUGCUGAUAAUGGUUUUUGAGAAGACUGUGAUUAGCCUUGUCCUGCUUAUCCCUGGUUGGACAAAGCUUCAGCAGAUCCUCCUGGGUUACAUCCCAAACCCUCAGCUGGAGCUCAUCCUGGUCAUGCUUGUUGUGCCUUUUAUAGUCAAUGCCAUUAUGUUCUGGGUUGUGGACAGCUUGAUCAUGAAGAAAUACAAGCAGAAGGACACCAUAGACAUUAACGGAUCCAUAGAAACUCCUCGUGCUAGGAGGACUGAGGAAUCUCAGGUUUUACUCUCUCCAGACAUGGAUUUUGAUCAGUCUGAAAGUGACCAGGAUGUUUCCGUACUGCAGGGAACAAACCAGAAGAUGAAGCAGCCCAGCUAUCAAGUGGUCAUCUGACAACACUGAGACAAAGAAGGUGGAGGGAGGGAAACAGCACUGUGAUCCUUGAGCUGGCCAAGGGAAUGCUAGUUGAUCCUUUUGCCUGCCUCAGCUAUACCUACCUGCAGUUGUCUCUUUGGGAUGGUAUCUAUGCAUCCUGUACAGGCUUGAGCAGCAUCUGCUUUACCUGUGUGAUCCUGACCCACACACAUGCAGGCACGUUGGGGUUAGGGCUAUGGACAUGUACUUCCCCCUGGCUUGGCCAGCUGGGUGUAGUUUUUUGUCAGGGCUAGAGACUGAAAUCAGGAGAUUGUCUGCUUUUUUAAUAGGCAAGGAGAAAGAUCUGUCCUGUACUGCCUGAACUGUGACACUUUUAUAUGCACAAUACUCAGAAUAAUGGGUUUGCAAUAUGUGUUUAAAUGCCUUUAAAGGCAUUUAAAAGGUUGUUUCUGUGGAUCUGAUGCUUUUUACUGUUUUAUAAGGGAAUGCAGUAAAUAUCUGACUGAAAACCUUCAUAA